AUGAGUGUUAACAUGCUAGUUUUACUAAGCUUGAUCAUUGCGCAAAGGCAUAUGGUUUACUGUAAAGUAGGAUUCGUAGGAAUGCAUGUUUUCCACCCAGAGGGCACCCUGCCGUUCGAACCACCCGAAUUAAUUGAGUUCAGGAUUGAAACCAUCAAUGAACUGGGGAAGCAAGGGCGACGGGAGAAGCGGCGUGCAGUGCGUGCUCGUUCUUCAAGGCCACAUCCCUGUGGGCACCUAGAUCCCUGCGUUCACACUGUGAGGCUACUAAAGCAGCCCCAGAGAAAGAGGGCUGGCAGCUCACCAGUCAUCAAAGUCGUCGUUCUCUGUAUGCGCCUCGCGAGCAACGUCAAUGUCCUUUUCAACUUGCUGGAAAACGCAAUUGCGACGCUUUCGAAGGUGAUUCACUUUGCAUUUCGAUGGGGUUCCAACCGCUCAGCAGAGAACGUGGGCCCUUCAGCCGAGAAGUUGGGAAGGAGCUGCCGCCAGACAGAAACGCUGCAACUGGUUGCGGGUUCCGCAUUCUCGCACUGCCGCAAACAAACAGAGUGA